CUUACGGCCUACCCAUUUCAUCAAAGUCCGAACCCGUGUUAAAGAUUUCGGACUAUUUGAGGCGCCCACGUCCCCCCGAGUAUUCGAGCAACAUCACCCGCUCCAAAGUCCAAAUCCUCUAGGUUGCAGCAUUUUACAACCUCCAAAACAAUCAAUGAAGUAGGGACUCUUUCAUCUCGAAAUCAAUUCAUCUUGGAGUAAACGAAAUCUAGUAGGUUAGUUAUGCUUUUCAGGCCCUAUUCUGUAUCUUCUCGCUCAGCCUCGAAAAUCUCGAUACUCAAAUCUUGCAUUCAGUUUCGAGCUUCAAUUUCAAGCCUCAGAGUAGCGUGGCGGAAGGACCCCAAGCUAGACCAAGCGAUUGAGAACGACAAGCAAUGGAGGCUCAGCGCAAGGGUGGUCAGAGAGGUAUUAAACGAACCGGGUCAAGUAAUCCCACUCCGUUAUUUAGAGAAACGCCGCGAAAGGCUUCGAUUACCCAUCAAAAUCCAAACUUUCCUAUCCCGAAACCCGGGAUUAUUCGACACUUAUUCGGACCGGAUCAGACCCAAAUCCGACCCGGUUCCAUUUAUCCGCCCCAGCCGCAGGCUCAGGCAGUUCUUAGAAGACGAGAAAAGAAUUCACCUCGAAAACGAGCCGUUAAUUGUGUCUAAAUUGUGUAAAUUGUUGAUGAUGUCCAAGAACAGGGUGGUUAGUGCCGAUAAGUUGGUCGAGGUGAAGAGGGAAUUUGGGUUCCCCAGUGAUUUUUUGGUUAACUUGGUUCCGAGGUAUCCGGAAUAUUUUAGACUGGCAGGGGCUCCUGGUGAGGGAAAAUCUUAUCUAGAACUGGUGUCGUGGAAUUCGGAUUAUGCGAAAUCUGUCAUCGAGCUGAGGGCAGAGGAGGAAUCCAGGUUAACUGGGAUAAAGAUCAGGCCUUCUUUCAACUGGAAGCUUCCGCCUGGUUUCUUUAUUAAGAAGGAAAUGAGGGAAUGGGUUAGAGAUUGGUUAGAAAUCCCGUACAUUUCGCCUUAUGACGAUGUUUCGCAUUUGGAACAAUCAUCAAGAGAGAUGGAAAAGAGGAAUGUCGGAGUUUUUCACGAAAUGUUGUCGCUUUCAAUUUAUAAGAGGAUUCCAGUGCCUGUUCUGGGAAAGUUCUGUGAUGAUUAUAGGUUCUCGAAUGCAUUUACUAGUGUGUUUACUAGGCAUUCUGGGAUUUUCUACAUGUCUUUAAAAGGUGGAAUCCAGACUGCAAUUCUCAGGGAAGCUUAUAAGGGUGAGCAGUUGAUUGAUCGAGAUCCUCUUAUUGAGAUAAAAGAUAAAUUUAUUGAGUUGCUGGCCGAGGGGCAUAAGCAGAGGACUGAGCAAUUGAAGUUACAGAGAAAAAUGAUUGAGAAGGACAUGGAAUUGAUGACAAGGAAAACCGAAACGAAUUGAUUGGUGCAGAGCUGUUAAAGUUUGUGAAAAGCAUGCCAAAAUGUCUGCACUUCCUAAACUAAAGCACGCGCUAAAGAUGGUAUGAGCAUUUUCAGCUGGUGGUUCCACUGAUACGAGUUAAAAUUCCUUUCCAUUGAAAAAUACAGUUGUUGAAAAGCCUAUUUGCACAUUGAAUUUACUUUGAGGGUGUGUAUCUCCCAAAACUUGUUUACCUGUUGCGCAGAUUGGAUCUGUUGGAAUACUAGAGCUGUGAAAUGACAUGAGAUGCUCUUGGACAUUUCUUUCAUAAAUCCUUGUUCAACAUCUGAACCUUGUUGGUUGGCUAACUUCAGUACUGUUCUGGCGGUAGCUUUGUUUACAAAGCCGACGAACUUGGCCCAAAGAAAAGAGUAAUCAGCGUCUUGAAAGAACACUUUUGGCAAUAUAGAGCUAGCACAUUGUUCAUUUGUUUCUGCAGUGUUCUUAUAUUUGCGGCCAACGGAAUUAUCCUUUCCUUUGAGUAAAGAUUUUUUACUACCUCGUCAUACAUUUCGGGAUGGUUUUGUUUUAUUAAUCAGGUACUUGCGGCACUUGGAAAAGGCAUUCUUGCAUUGCAGCUACCCGAGUACAUCUUUGCUUUGGGUAAGAAGUUUUGUUGAAGAACUCGUCAUCCACUCCUGGGAUGCUUUUAUUUGUAUUCGUCAGACUUGAUAGCACUCGGAGGAGGGGUGGGUGGUGCAGGGUGGCGGGAGUUAAGAUUAGAUGAUUCAGAAGCAUUGAAAUCGUGUCUCAUGGAGGAGUUGAAGCUAACAUGGAAGAUAUAAAUCUGCUGUUGUCUUCUCUCGAAUUUCCUGGUACACAAGCAGGAAGCAGAGAAAUCAGUGCCUGGUAGGGAUUUUGCCGGACUCGCUGUCUCUAAGCAUGUUCUCUUUAACAUGCAAACCAUAAUGAACUUAUUCAGCAAACAAUAUCUUUUUUGAGUUUUGGAGCUUGGUAGGAAGUUAGGAUAUUGAUUUAGGUCCAAAGUCAGCUUUUAUUCUCGUGUGUGCAUUAUGAGUUGCAAAUGCCUGUUGAAGAACCGG